UUUGUUUAUUCGUGUUGCUAUUAGAAGGUAUUGGAUACAGUAUAAAAGGGAUUUUCUCUAUUCAAAUGAGCAUUGUUAGUAGCCGUGAACGUUGUGUGAAAAAGGAUAUUGUCAUUCAAAAACCGAAAUCAUGAGAAGCAUAUACAAGCUUGGAUUAUUAAUGAUACUUACAUUUCUUGUACUGAAUGGUCGCAUUUGCAAUGCAGGCAAAGUAUCUGCAGAGGAUUGUACUAAAGUAGGGACUGAGUGUAGUGGUAUCACACAUGCAGUGUGUAACAAGACAAGUCUGAAAUGUCAGUGUGAUGCUGGCUUUAAAGAAGACAGUACAGGUGGGAGUACAUGCAUAAAAAAGAAAGUAUCUGAAGUGGUGUGUACUAAUGGAGGAAGUGAGUGUAGUACUAUCACACACUCCUCAUGUGCAGCUACUCUGAAAUGUAAAUGUGGCACUGGCUAUGGUGAAGAUACUACUGACGGAAGUACAUGUGUUUCAAGCGCUAGCAGUCACAAUAUACAAAGCAAACAAAGAGUAUCUGAAGUUGUGUGUUCUAAUGGAGGCAGUGAGUGUCAUGUUAUCACACACUCCUCAUGUGACGCUACUCUGAAAUGUAAAUGUGACACUGGCUAUGGGGAAGAUACUACUGACGGAAGUACAUGUAUUCAGACCACUAACAACCUCAACACAAACCAACAAAACAAACGAAGAGUAUCUGAAGUUGUCUGUACAGACGGAGGAAAUGAAUGUGACACAAUUGUUCAUUCAGCAUGUGACGUUCCAAGUCUAAAGUGUAAAUGUGGGACAACCUACGCCGAAGACAGUACAGAUGGAAGCACAUGUGUUAUGAAGGUAGCUAGCAUUGUUUGCAGUGAAAAUGGGUCCCAAUGUGCCUCUAUUGACCAUGCCGAGUGUGACCUCACAGCAACAAAGUGCAAAUGCAGUGACGGGUUCAAGAUGACUGCUGACAAAUGUGCUCCCGCAGGAAACACAGGUGUGUCAGCAAGUUUGGCAUAUACCGUGCUUGCACUUCCUGUCAUUCUGGCAAUAAAGGUGACGAUGAUGUAAAUUUGUCAUUCAUAAGUUUGCAGGUCUGUUUAUGGUUUGAGCAGUGGGAUGACUUUUUGAAUCUUCAUACAUUGUAUGCAAACUUCGUCUUUAUUUCGUAGUCCUUUUUUAAAAGAAGACUGUUUUAGAAGUGUGUGUAAUUUGGAAUUAUAUUCUAUUUGAAUUGGAAAUUUAAACAGGCGAGAGUGAAAUAAUUUGUCACUUGUUCCUUGAUUGUCCUUUAAAUGGUACAAAAUGUAUAGUCUAUAUUAAUGUAUUAACGUUAAAUAAACCCAACACCUGCCUGUAUCAUUUGCUUGUCUAAAUCUAGGAUUUCCUGUGUUGGAUAAAGUUUAUAAAACAUACUUGACUAAUGAAAAUGCAGGAGAUAUGAUGAGAUUUGGCAAGAUCGAAAAUUAAACCUUCUUAUUACACAUUAGAUGUUUGUAGAAUAGAAAUAAAGUUCAUGAAAAUA